AUGCUGAACGAGCACCUUAACGAUUACUAUCAAGUCUGUCACGUCUCAACGUUUGCUGCCAAGAAGCGGCCAUGUAACGUGUUCGAAAUACUUUGUUGGCUGUCAGGGCUUCCAUGCAGUUCCGUUUAUGAAGAAGUUCUGCGUGAUGCUGUGAGUGAAUUAUUUGAGGAUCCAAAUAAACAGGUCGCAGCAGAUCUCGACGGGUUUGAGAUAACUGUUACAGACAUGAGAGAUGACUUCCUCCCAGCGCAUCCAAACAACAUGUUAUAUGAUGAUACACGGAAAGCGGUGAUGCGUUUGUGCUCAAAGUCAUAUGACGUUCUGACCAGAAUCGUCGGUUACGGAAAUGCUCAUACCAUGUACGCCGUCGACUACUGCGCCAAUUCGCUUAACUUUCACUACCCAUCCAAGGGCGAAGAUUGCCUCCAGAUGCUACUGGAUGUCCUAAGCAGGUUGUACCCGCCACUGAGAUUUUUGUAUAGGCAAUGUAGCAUCGGUGCUCAACACUACGGGUGGGCCGAUUGUGUAUACGGCCAGAACGUCCCAUCAGCUAAAUGGCAAUGUAACGAGCACCCAAAAGACAAAGCAACGAGCCAAGUAGGGUGUUUGCCAACGUGCCAGGCAAAUACCCAACCAAAUUGCCAACCAAACUCCCCUUUAAUGAGCUACCUCAACGACUGCUUACCUGGCCACUUGCCUCAUCAUGUCAGUUCCAUAGGGUGUAGAGCUGUAUGUUCAACGUGCCCGAAAGCUAAGAAGGGUAUGCCGUGUUUGACACCUCUCGGUUUCAGGGGGUUUUCUGGUAGUGAGAAGACGGGUAGAGCAUUAUGUGAGAUGCUAGAAAAUUUCUUCGCAAACUCAUAUAUAACAACGCUAUUUUGCUUAAUGACUAAACCGCCCUCAUCGCUACCCGAGCACUUCAAUUUUGCCGUCUCAUUAGUUAAUGUGCUGAAUAGUAAUACGGAUUCUGGUACCGAUGCUAUCAAAACGGCUUUUGAAAUCACAACCAAACAGUUGUCCAUUGACUUAUAUAAGGAGACAACCAAACUCACAGGUGCGCUUAGUGCCGCUUAUGGCAACAGUCAGAGUAGUCAUAAUGCAAGUAAUCAUAUUCCAAAAUCGGCUGAUAUGUCGAGCCUCGCGAUGAGUCAGUCAUGUAUGCUUGCAAUCGAAGAUAACGUCCACUGCGGGCCGUACCUGCAGACCCUAUUCUGCGACACGUACUACUACAUCGCAGCUAAACAUACUAACGUGUAUCUCUCAUGGGCCGUUUAUCUACCAUGGACACUGUAUGACUAUCUUAAAUCAUUGUUUGAUUCAUUCAGCAGUAUCUCUUGCCAAGAUUGGGGAUGCAGCACAUGCGUCGACGGCAGCUCUUGUAAACCGGGCAAGCACGGCGAUGGCUACGGCUGCAAGUGCCGAUCGCUGGUGGGAUGCCGCGGUGUGAUGAGCAUUUUAUACAGUUACGGCUUCACAUUUGGCGACGUCAAAAAAUUGUUAUCCGGUGAUCAAAGAAGAUACUGCCGUAACCUGUACGCGCAAUUACAAAACGUACUAAAAUCGCAAUAUUUCACCAAAUUAUUUGAGGAAUGUGACAACUUCAUUUGGACUAUCAGACAACCCUUCUCCUACCUUGUCCUUACCCUCUGGCUCCUCUCUUUCCUGUACCUCAUCCACAUCAUGGUCAUCCGCCUAGACCUCCUCCACAUCAAAUCGCAUCUACAUAGUCCCUCGAGUCAUAGGAUUGCUGCUCAAUCACUACUCGCCGCUGCACGUGUUAACAAGCUUAACAGAGUGUUUUACCUGCAGCCAUAA